UCUGGGAGCCAGCGGUGGGGAGGGAGCCUGAUGGCUCUGAUCUCCCCUGGGGGCACGGGAGGCCCAGCCAUGCCCCUCAUGAAAGAGCCCCAGUCCCCACCUCAGGUCUCACCUCCCUGGAUGCUCCCGAGCCUGUUUGCCGCCUUCAAUGUAGUGCUGCUGGUCAUUUUCAGUGGCCUCUUCUUCGCCUUCCCUUGCAGGUGGCUGGCUGAGAAUGGGGAGUGGGCCUUUCCCAUCAUCACAGGUCUCCUCUUUGUCUUGACCUUCUUCAGUCUCGUCUCACUCAACUUCUCAGACCCCGGCAUCUUACAUCAAGGCUCCGUGGAGCAGGGCCCCAUGAUGGUGCACGUGGUGUGGGUGAACCACAGGGCCUUCCGCCUGCAGUGGUGCCCAAAGUGCUGUUUUCACCGCCCUCCGCGGACCUACCACUGCUCCUGGUGCAACAUCUGUGUGGAGGACUUCGACCACCACUGUAAGUGGGUCAAUAACUGCAUCGGCCACCGGAACUUCCGGUUCUUCAUGCUACUGGUCCUGUCCUUAUGCAUCUACUCGGGCGCCCUGCUGGUCACCUGCCUGAUCUUCCUGGUGCGCACCACCCACCUGCCCUUCUCUAUGGACAAGGCCGUCACGUCCGCCGUGGGCUUCCUGGUGCCGCUCCUCCUGCUGCUGAUGAUCCAGGCCACGUCGGUGAGCGCGGCUGAGCGCUCCUACGAGGGCAAGUGCAGAUACCUUCAGGGAUACAACCCUUUUGACCAGGGCUGUGCCAGCAACUGGUACUUAACCAUGUGUGCCCCGCUGGGACCCAAGUACAUGGCUGAAGCCGUCUGGCUGCAGAGAGAGGUGGAGCCUGGCUGGGUCCCCUUAUCGAACUUGCCCUCCCCGGCAUGCCCCUCUGCUGUUGGUCCCCGCCCACCCUGAUCCCCAGCCCCAGCCUCUGGGUCUCUUCAAACCAGGGAUGGGUCCCCCAGGAAGUGGCGAGGCUGCAGCUCUCCAGGAGCUCCAUGCAGGCCCAGGGCUGCCGCUGCAGGAGGCUCCCAGGAGAGGCCCGGCCUUGCUCUCGUCCCUUCCAACCCGGCGGUGCCAGGAACACAAGCACCUGAACCUCACUUCCUGACACCAGCGUGGAGGCCCCCUGUGCCCUGGCCUGGCCCACCCCCUUGCAGGAGUGCUGAGGCCCCCCAAUGCCCAUUAAAUUCCCUUUGCCAGCCUCCAAAAGCUGCCUGCCGAGUGCAGGCCAGGAAGGCUGCCAGUGUGAGCCCUGGUAUUCCCCCACCACCCCAGCAGGCACCAGGCGUCUCCAAGGACACCUGUCAGAACCCCCUGAGCCCCCAGACGCCCAUGCAGACUCUCAGGCUCAAGGAGCUGACGAUAGUGAAGAGAAGCCUGCUGUCGCCUCCCUCGCCUGGCCUCCCCACCUCACUCUCAGGCACCGACUGUCAGGGCGUCUACACUGUGACACUCUUGGGGGCCGAGAGUGCUAGUACUGGCUCUGCAGCUGCUUCCUGGACUGUGCCUUGCAGCUGCGACUCAGCUGCAAACUGGGCUCCCCACGAAGCCGCCCAGCAGUCUCUGGCGCUGGCCCUUCCCCACCCUUCUGAGGUGCUGGGAGACCUUAAAGCCCUGAAGGAGCUGCAUGCUGCUGACCUGCCAGCUUACCGCCCUGCUCUCCCUGAGUGCUCAGGUACCAAGGAUCUGCCCAGGACACAGGAGUCAGCAGCUGGGAGCAUUCUAGAAGUCACGGGCCUUCUCCUGAGCCAGACUGGACUGGAGAUGGGCCUUCAUCAGAGAUCAGCCAAAGACCUGAUCUCUUCAUUCACCAUCAAGAAUGCAGCUUCCCAGAAGCCCCUAGAAAAAGGCUCCCAGCCACUGCUGCCGGGCCCAGUGCCUUAUUGCCUAGGAUCCCUGAACUUUGCCAUGCUACCGGGCAUGCAGCCAUUGCAGGCCUCAGAUGUGCCCACCAGCCCCACCUGCACAGACCCCAAAACUGCUCCCUCACCCCCUGAGCUGGCCCAAGACCAGAGCCCACCUUCCCCAGCUUCCGCAUCUCUCCCGAGUUCAGUCAGUUCGGUGAGCCUGGUGCUGCCACCAUGCUACACAGGCAGAGAGAAACUCCAGGAGGACGUCGGUCCUUCCGUACCUCCCCGGGGCCCAGCUGUGCUCCGGCCUCUGCCGGUGCUGGAGGCCCCCCAGAUCCCCGGCACUUGA